GUUGUUUGGGUAGGUUGGAGAAGGCUGUGUGAAAUGGUGGCGGUUUCAAAUCAGCUGUUUGUACAGUAUGUUUUGACUAUUGAUAUUUUCAAAAUUUAUGCAAAACAGAACAUAUUAUGGAAUAACGCACUAUGACGGUAAUGCCUGCAGUCUUGUCAAACGGUUGUGAUUCUCUUAUUAUCAUGCUUAAUUUGAGUUACAUACAUUUAUGUUGCUGACUUUAACCUCUGCAACCCAAACAUAUCAUUGUAAACAUUUAUUCCUGGAUCAUCUGAAAGUUUGUCAAGCUCCUGCUGUCAUCAAAUCUUGGAAAUUUCUGAUGCAGCAGUGUCAUGUCAUCUGAUAUCAAAAAUCAGUGGCCGGGCGAUGAUGACACCAUGGAUGUUGAUGAUCCACCUCAUGCAGAGCCUAUGAAUGUCGAUGAGGAAUCUGAAGUGUCUCCCUUAAACCAAAGGAUUUCAGAAGAUGGACCAAAACAAUCAGUCGCCACAGGCAAGGGUGUGCCUCUCUCAGAUCUUCAGCGUACCUGUGGUCGCUGGGGACCUCCGCCCCGUCCUUUUGUCAUCCCAUCCCCAAAUCACUCAGUUCUUUUCAAAUUACCAUGGAAAGCAGGCGAAGCACCAGUUGCAUAUCCCCCUACACCUUGUGAUCGAUGGGAUCAGGAACAUGUUCGAAUGCCUCAUUCAUCAGAGAGUCUAUACCCAGUUCAAGAGACGGAAGAUGAAAAGGGGCUGAGAUUGCGUUGGGAGUUGGUGCAGGAGGCUUUGUUGAGGUCCAUUUCAAAUAGCCAUCAGCUUGAGACAGCUAUUCUCUCUUUCAAUUCUAGAUACAAUGAACGAUGGAACUUUAGAGCUCUACAUUCCUUAUUCAAUGAUGUGCUAGACAAAGAAGAAACAGAUAUUUUUUUUAAAGAAGUUUUACCAUCCAUGGUUAUAUUGGCGCUUCAACUGCCCGAGCUAGUUACAGGUCCAAUUCCUUUGUUGAGGAAGCAUAAAUCCCAUUCUUUGACUCUCAGCCAAAUACAAAUUGGAUCUCUUUUAGCAAAUGCAUUCUUUUGUACAUUUCCAAGACGAAAUUCUACCAAGAGGGGUUCAGAGUAUUCAUCAUAUCCUGAUAUUAACUUUAACAGACUAUUUCAAUCAGGUGACUCAAGUGAUUCAAACAGUAUUGUUGAAAAACUGAAAUGCGUUCUGAAUUAUUUCCGGCGAAUUUGUUCCACUGAAACUGCACCUACUGGAACUGUGACAUUUUCAAGACGGUAUAUACCCACUGGAUCUCUUCCUGAUUGGAGUAAAAGUACCAAGCCUUUACCUAAACUGCACAUCAGAAGUAGUGGCUGUAUUGAAGAUGAAGGAGCUGGCAUGUUGCAAGUUGACUUUGCUAACAAAUUCAUUGGAGGGGGCGUCUUGGGAUGGGGUUGUGUCCAAGAAGAGAUUCGUUUUGUGAUAUGCCCUGAGCUCAUUGUAAGCCGACUGUUCACAGAGUGUCUUGAUGCAACAGAGGCUCUGCUGAUGAUUGGCUGUGAACGUUUCAAUCAAUACAGUGGUUAUGGCCACUCGUUUGAAUGGGUUUCAGAUUACACAGACGAAACCCCUUUAGAUUCUGCUGGACGGAGACAUUGCUCUAUUGUUGCUAUGGAUGCUCUUUGCUUUAGUAACUCAUCAAGUCAGUACAGUAUCCCAAACUUGGUUCGAGAAGUUAACAAGGCGUAUGUUGGUUUUUGUGAACCUGAGGAUCAUACCAGCAAUACAUUGGCACCAGUUGCAACGGGAAACUGGGGAUGUGGUGCAUUUCGGGGUGAUCCUCAUCUGAAAGCUUUACUGCAGUUACUUGCUGCUGGUGAGGCUGGCCGUGCUUUGGUCUACUUCACUUUUGGUGACGAAAAACUUCGUGAUCGCAUAUUUGCUAUGUAUCAAUUUCUCAUUGACAACAAUGUAACUGUUGGAAAGCUGUGGGGUUUGUUAAAUAGAUUCAGCAAAACAUUUUCAAGCUCCUCUAGUUCCACUACAGAAUUAUAUGAAUUUCUUUAUUCUUCUGCUGUAGAAGACUUUAAUUGCCAAGAAGCUAGUUUUGUUUCUUGUAAACAAAAAGGUCUUACAGAAAAACCAAAACCCAAACCUACUUCAAGUGGUGCAAGUUCAAGCAAAACCCCGUCCAAAUCAAACACUGGUAGAGGCACUUUAAAAACCGAAUUGACUCCAGAGGAUGUAGACCAACUCAUUGAAGAAUUUGAUUCAGAUGCAGAAGAUUGUGCAGGCACCGUUGAAGCAAAACCAAGGAAAAGAGUUGAGCCAGCCCAUGGAAGUAGCAGUUCCUGCCUCGAUCUGCUUGAAGAAAGUGUUCUGAAGAAUAGUGUGAGCAAGCAGAAGAGUCUCCCAAUUGACACCGCUGAAGCUAAACCUAGAAAAAGAAAUGAGUCAGUCCAUGGAAGUAGCAGUUCUUGUCUUGAUCUAAUCGAAGAAAGUUUGCUGAAAGAUAGUGUGAGCAAGAGUCUCUCAGUAGACAACCAACUACGCAAUAGAACUCCGGCAAAGACCAAUGUGCAUGUCAGCCUGGCUGGAACCUCUUCAGGGUUUGCGGAGGUUGGAAAACUAAAGAUGUUUGGUUCUGCUACAAAAUCAACAGAAUCUGAACAAGAAGAAAGUAUAUCUAAUAUUUCUUCUGGAAAGAAAGCAGAAUCCAAGGUAGAAAAUAGUUUGUCAAGUAGUUCUCCUGAAGAAAAAGCAGAAUCCAAAAGAGAGCAAACUGUGUUGAGUAACUUGCAAGAGAAGACAGACUCUGAUAGAGAAGAAGUUGUAUUAAGUCCUCCUGAGAGGAAAAAAGAAUCUGAAAGUGAAGAAAUUGUGGUAAGAGAUUCCCAAAAGUUGAAUGUACCUGUUGAGGAGGCCAAAUCAGAUGGUGUGAGGUCAAGUCAAAAAAGUAGAAGUAAUGCACCUAAACGGAAGAUAUCUGACUAUUUUAGUCCAAUGUCUUAAGGUCUGACCUAUUCAUUGAUGUGAAUUUCCUUCACUUAAUUAUGUGAGAUUUGUAUCUUAAUUUCUUUUACUUUUGUAGUUUCUUUUUUAAAUUAAAUUAGUCUUAGCUGUGCUGAAGUGCCCAUUUCAA